CUCGCUCCUUGUUUAGCCGUAAGGGUUAAAGAUUCCACAGUUUUAUACGCAUCAUAGGCGAGAUAUCUACACAUCCAGACAAUUGGGGUGCCUUGAGAAAGAAUUAGCAUAUAGGAAAGGAUUCUCCAGCCCCAUAUUUGUUCACAUCCCGAGGCAUUCCGGACGACACAUGUGAAAGGAGAAUUGAAUUACAAGAAGAAAAAGAAGCCUCUUUGUUAUCGAGUUUCCAGCACACUACAAUCUCAGCAAAAGUCACCAUGUUGAACUUAUCGUGGCUGCUAGGCCACAGCAAAACCACCUACACAUCCCACAAAUCCCCUGCGACUCUAAAGGCUAAAAAUGGAUCGAAGACCACAUUAGAAGAGGUCGCUGCCUCCUCAAUUCCGCCAUGUCGCCUGAACCCCUUCCUCUUCAACGGCCACCUACAAACCAUGUACACAGCUGUCAAAAACCCGGGUCCACCAGUUUACUAUAAGAGACAAAUCUUCAAUUCAAACCAUUCCGUCUACCCAGGCACAUUUGCCGUCGACUUUGCAGUAGAUCUGUCUGAGGGUAGCCCAAAUCCACCAGAAAGAACGCCAGAAGAAAAGGAUGAACCCCUUCCAGCUCGCACCACCAACUUUACCAAGGAAGAAUGGGAAGGCAUUGCAAGCUCAGAUUCAAAGCCCAUGCUGGUAGCCCUUCACGGCCUCAGUGGCGGAUCCCACGAAGUCUACCUCCGCGAAACCCUCGCACCCCUUAUCGCAUCUGGUUGGGCCGCCUGCGUAGUAAACGGACGAGGCUGCGCUCUCUCCAAGAUAACCACGCCUCAACUUUUCAACGCCCGCGCAACAUGGGACGUCCGACAAACCAUCAUUGAGUUGCGCAAUCUGUUCCCCAACCGACCCCUAUACGGCGUUGGAUUCAGUUUGGGCGCCAACAUUCUAACUAACUACUGCGGCGAAGAAGGCGACAAAUGCCUCCUACGUGCGGCCGUUGCCUGCAGCAACCCCUGGAACCUCGAAGUCUGCAACACAGAACUGCAGCGCACAUACCUUGGCCUCCAUGUCUACUCGCGCACCAUGGGUAAAAAUCUCCUAGGCCUUUUCAAUCAGCAUCGCGAGCAGAUAUCUAGGAAUCCUGGUCUCGACGUUGACGCUGUAUUGCGCAGUAGAUUUCUGCACGAAUUCGACCGACAGGUUCAGUGUCCGACAUGGGGAUAUCCGACAGAGGGCGCAUACUAUCGCGAUUCGCAAAGCGUGGAUGCGCUGCUGGCGGUUCGUAUCCCGUUCCUUGGUAUCAACGCCGAAGACGACCCAAUUUCGAGCAAGGCCGGCUUGCCGUAUCAGGAGGUGAAGCAGAAUCCCAAUGUACUACUUUGCACAACGGACUGGGGUGGCCAUUUGGGAAGUUUCAUGCUGGGCGGCGGAAGAUGGUUUGCCGUUGCAACGUCCAAAUUCUUGACUAAGUUGAAUGAGGAGGUUGACUUCGAGGCAUCUAAAAGUGUGGGCGAGGGAAACGAGGGCGUGAAUAUGGGCGGGUUGCAAGGAAAGAAAUAUCCAAUCUUUGAUCCAAACCAUCGAAGGUUGAUAUUGCCCGAUGCGUAGGAGCGAGUAGAGGGUGGUGGUGGUAAUGAUUUUCAUUGAAUGGUAUUCGGGUAUCAUAGACUUGCUCUAGAUUUCGUAGACCGCAUAUAGACUUAGCCCUUUGCCCAAUCGACUGUUUCUCUCAUGUUGCUUCUGCUCAUACGUU